AUGCCAUUCAAUUUCACUACGCCUUUUCUCCCAGAAGCUAUUCUCAUCUCGGAUGACCUGAACUGGACUGGGUUCGCAGCUCUAACCCCCAACGGGAAUAGAACCCAGUUUGUGGUAUGGCACUCUUUGUUUUCGGCAUGCUGCCACUGCGCCACGGUGUCCCGAGUGUCCCUGGGUCACAGAGCCGAUGUGCGCUUCAACGUUUUCUGGGUUUUUUUCCACACCAAAUUUGGUGGUGGCAUUGUCGAUGAAGCAAACUUGUCUCUGCUAUUAUGA